UCUCAGCCCCGUUUUGGUGUCAGGAAGGAACUAGGCAGCAAAGUAGCGAGGCAAGGAGCAACCGUAUAGGGAGUAACAGGCUACAACGAAACAAUAGGUUAUCUCCAGGAUAAACAUUUAAUAAUUUAGCUAUGGUUACAAACUCAGGGCAGUGAGAACAGACAUCAGACAUGUUGACUGGCUAAUAGAACGAGAAAGCUAGCUGCCCCUGGGUUCUCUCAUCGAGUUUUUUUCGGCUGAAGAAGUUAACAUUAUCACCGCGGCGGUCUUCUCUGAUAGAGCCUCCCUCAACAAAGACAGAAGACAUGGUGUCCUGGAUGAUUUCGAGAAGCGUCGUCCUGAUGUUUGGGACCCUGUAUCCUGCAUACUACUCUUAUAAAGCUGUCAAGACCAAAAAUGUCAAGGAAUAUGUGCGAUGGAUGAUGUACUGGAUUGUAUUUGCCCUGUACACUGUCGUGGAGACAAUCACUGACCUAACACUGGCAUGGUUUCCACUCUACUAUGAGCUGAAGAUAGCUUUUGUGAUCUGGCUGCUGUCCCCCUACACUAGAGGAGCAAGUCUCAUUUACAGGAAGUGUCUGCACCCUCUGCUGUCAUCCAGAGAGAGGGAAAUAGAUGAGUAUAUUGUGCAAGCCAAAGAGAGAAGCUAUGAGACCAUGGUGAACUUUGGCAAGCAGGGACUCAGCAUCGCAGCCACCGCCGCUGUCACUGCAGCUGUCAAGGGUCAAGGGGCCAUCACAGAGAAGCUGCGUAGCCUGAGUAUGCAUGACCUCACACAGAUAAACCAGCAAGACGAAGCAGGAAACCCGCUGUACCAGUACAGCUCCCGCUCAUCCAACCCGUCUGUCAGGAGAUCUCAGAGCAGCGACACUGCAGAUGGAGCUGAGUACUAUUAUGACCAAGAGGAGAGGACGGAUGAAGAGGGUGAGCCAACCUUCUCUGAAGAUGAGGCCGUAAGUCAAAGAGGACUGAGGCGAUCACAGAGUGUCAAGAUCACUCGAUCCAAAAUCCGCAAAGAUGCACGUUAUGGAUCACUGAAGAUUAAAGCCAAGAAGAGACCAGCACUGGGCUCUGUUAACUACGGGAUCUGAAGAGACUAUUGCUGGCACUCACUCAGAGCAUCCUGCUGACUGGUGAAUGGUAUUAUCUGUUUGAUUUCCAACAUUUCCACUCUGUUGAACAUUCUCAUAUUUAUUACCUAUCUCAACCAAAACUAGUGGCUGUCAAAGAACUUGAAUUUUUUUUGUUUGGGUUGUUGGUCUACGUUUUGUCCUUUAUGUGUUAUUAUCAAAAUUGUAGGCAUGUACAGUAUGUCUAGUCUUUGAGAUUUUAGGUCCAGAUUUCCGGUCUUUACCUACAUAACCCAACCAAUGGCUUAACUGAGGUUUGAAAUGAUUUAAUAAUUGCUAAAACCCCUUUGGUUUGCCGUACUAUGAAAAAUCCAUGUGGUUCAAGUUAUUGUCUUAUUAUUAUCGACAGGGCAACAGCAUUUAUUUCUUGGACAAGACCAAAAUAUGUUGAAUUUUGUUAACAACAGUGUAACACGUCCAGUAACACAUUUUAAUGGAUUAUUGUAAAAACAACUAAUCAUAGCUACAGUCACACAUUUUGUCCACUUGGUCACAGUAGAACAAUGAGCUGUAGUGUUCAGUGAAAUCUGGCUGUACACUUUAAGUUUAGCUUUAACACUCAGAGCUGCAUAAUACAACUCAGUACUUGUUUAUAGAGAUAUCUGUGUGACUCCAGUUUUGCUUUUGCUGCCUUUUAUCAGUAGUUGAACCUCUGACACUAGUGCUGGAUUAGUGCUGGUUAUGUAUUCCACAAUAUACUAAUGGAGACUGUUUUUAACUUCUAUGUGACCAGCAGAGUCGCUUGCAACAGUACUUGUCACAGAAUGUUUGAUACAUAAAUUGAUUAGAUGAACACUAUCCCUUAUUCAUGUAAGAAAGUUAGAGAACACAGACGGAGAGUGACAAAGGGAAGAAAAAAAACAACACGACGAUAGAAACGGUAAUUCUUUCUUUUCAGUUAAAGCCUUUGUGAAGGCAUCAGAGAUCCUCCUGAUUUAUGAGGAUUUUUUUUAUUAUUAUUUUCCUGCCUUUUACACAUGUAUUUUAAUAUGACUUUGUGUCCCAGUCCCACUCCAGGCUGUUAAUUUCUUGCUGUGUUUUUAUUUUUGAAGUGUCAUUCACUACGUUUACAUGCACACGCUUUUAUUUUAUUCACCCACAUUCCAAACUAUUUUCUUAUGAAGGUGUUUGAAUGGCUUACCACCGUUCUCCACUUGCAUCAGUUUCCAACAAUGACAAACUUGUUUGAUUGUUGUAAUAUUUGUACAUAUCCUUUCCUAAUGUUUAAAACUUAGCUCACACAAUAAAUGUUGAGAUGAAAAAAACACUCAAGUGAGCCGCAUAUUCCAAAUUUGCUGUACAUAUUUCCUAAGAAUGUUCCUAAUACCAGACUAAUGUCACUAUGUUAUCAUAUAUCUCUUAAUUGGAAAGUGUUACAUUUGUAAGAAGGCAUCAUUUGGAAUUAUCAUACAGAAAAUGUGGUUUGCGUGACAGAUUGGCAUAUUCUGAAAAAGAGGGACUAUUGGUGUGCAUGGAAACGUACUGUCUGAGGAGUAGUGUUUUGAAAUCUGUUUUGUCUGUGAUCAAAGAAUCGUUUGUAUUGUAACCACUUGUUUUGCACAUAUACAGGUACCUCCUACAGAACCUUUAUGAAAACGUUGUUGCUUGUCAUCUGAUUUUAUGUACUUAGCUGUGGGAGGAAGCAGCACACAAGAAGAGCUUAUAUUAUGGAUGCUAAUAUCAACAGCCUCUUGUGCCACAGCCUUUCAUUUUUCGCAAACUGCACAGAGUUUGUUCUACAGUUGCUCUGUUGUGGAGAGAUGUAAUCAUUUUAUUGCUUCUCCAGCAGAAGCGCUGUCCUUGCUCGUAUGCGUGUGAUUCAGCAGUGUGUCUUUACCAUAGCAAAAGAACUUUAAUCUGAUCAUUUCCUUUGCUUUGGUGCAACAGUAAAGCCAAACUGACUCGUAUCAUGGUUUCUACUAAAUGCUCAUAACUGACUUAAAAUACCAAAGUUUAAUGUACACACGCGGCUGGGGUUGUUUGAAUUGUGUGGGGAAAAUGUAAAUUCUGUGGAAUGCUGAAUUUUAAAUGCAAUAAAAUAAAGGCUGCCUGUUACAGGACGGGCAACAGCUAAAGUGAA